UGCGGUAAUGGCAGUUCGUGAGUCAACAGUCAGUCGUCUGUACUGUGUGGGCGAAACGUGUGGUGAAGAGAUUAUCCAUGGAUUCUUGGAAAUCUGUUCCCAAAGGCAUCCCCGGGCAUACAUAAUGCAGUGCUUCUGUGCCGACAAAUGGGCUAAUGACAACUUUGAGUGGCUUUUCACGAAGAAAAGAUUCACAACCUUUGAUUGGGUUCUUCUGCCCAUCAAUGUGGACAAUCAACACUGGAUGUUGAUGGUGGCGAAUCCUCGGGAGCAGACUAUAGCAGUGUUGAACCCCACAGGAGCAACACAAAAUAUUGAAUUCUACCUGGAAUGCUGGAGGAGGUUUAUGCGGCACAGAUCGGAUGAGUGUACUGAGAAGCUGAAUGAUUGGAAGCAGGUGACUUAUCCCAUCAGCCUGCAGCAUGAAAACAGCAGCUGUGAUGUUUUCAUUUUGAUGUAUGCGGAAGCAAUUCUGGCCAAGAAACCUCAAGUGAUCAUGCGCCAGCAACAUGUACCGAUGUACAGAAGGUACAUCAAGGACUGCAUUGUGCACAACACCAUAACUGCGGCAGAUGGGAGAUGUGCAUGUUCCACCUGCUGUCAGCCAAAGACAAGAACUUUGCAGUGGAUACAGUGCGACAACUGUGAUCUGUGGUUUCACUUUGAAUGUGUAGAUUUAAGUAAUGUUAAUUUACACCUGGACAGGUAUUACUGUGCAGAUUGCACAGCAACAGGGAGAAUGUUGCCUUAA